UUUCCUUACGAUACAUUUCGGGUAAAAAUGCUGGAUGAAAUGUGAAAGCCUCAGACUGACCUCCAGAAAGGCUCAUUGCCCGCUGACAGUGUCAGAGGGAUGGGGCUGCCUUCCCUCUCUCCCCUUUCUGUCUCUCUCUCAUCCAGUCCUUCCCUCCCCCUCCCUCCCCUCCCCCCUGUUUGAUGGGACCCCAUGGUGCAGCAGUCCAGGGGGUAGCAUCCCAGCUGCCCCUCCAGUGCCUUGUGACCCCCAGGCUCCCUGUGGCCCCCAUUCCAGGGUUUGCUUGUGGUAUUUUGAGAGGAAACCAAUAACUUGUGGGGGGGAGCCUAUCUGGAGAGUUUCAGAGACUUCCUGCUGACACACAGGCGGCCAGUCAGCGUGGGGCUGAUGGCUCAGGUGUGGUGGCAUUUCUUCCAGGGUAAAGACAUCCCUUUCCUGAUUGCCCUCACCCCCCACCAUGCUGGGGGCAUUGGGGUGCUGGCCUCAUUGGCCAGACCCAAGCCCAGGGCUCAUGAGCCCUUAUUAUUUUUAAACUAUCUUAUUUUUCUGGAGAUUUGGCAAGUGGAGUGAUGGCAAGCCCUCUCUUCCUGAACUGCCUGAACUGCUCCGGUGCUUGUGAGUCAGAUGGCUGGUUGCCACCGUGGGACUCUUGGCCUGGUGCCCUGUCCUGGAGCCGUCGGCUGCCCUGAGAAUCCAAAGAAAGGCUGCUGAAUCCUGCGGCCCCAGGAGGAUCUUUGUCCUCCUUUUGCAGAAGGAAUUGACUCGUGGAUUCGCUCUGUUGAGCUGGAAGGAAGAAUUUUUAAAUUUCCUCUGUUUGAAGAACCUAAAAUGGGACAAACUACAUCAGUUCCCCAAAAUUGGACUUUUAAGCAAGUUCUUGGAAAAAUGGACUAUUUUCUAUGUGUGGGAGCAAAUUCUGUGGGAGCCUUCUGGUAAUGAAUUUUAAAGUGCAUGUCUAUUAGUGUCAUUCUCAAAUACUGAAGAGUCUUGAAAACCAGAAGUUGCCCAAUCAAAGCCUGGGAGGCAGUACCCGCCCCUCCGGGAGGGGACAGCUGGGCAAGCCCCCCUUUCUCUGCCCCAGUUCCUCUCUCCCCAGGUCAGCAGCACUGUUUGUAACCAGGGCUAAACACUCCUUCCCCCACCUCCUGAAGAUCCUGAAAGACAUCAGAAGGUCUCCGGAAGAUUUACGCAUUGCUGAAUCCUGUGUGGGCACGCCAGCCUCCGAGGCCAGGACCGUCCUGUGGAUGGCUGAGAGUCCUCUGGGGCCCGGCGACUGUGAAAAGAUUUCGUCACCGGAAGGUUUUGGGGGCCAUUACCAAACCACUUGUUUUCGUGGCUGCCUGCAGGUGACCAUGGCCGUGUGAGCGUCCGCCAUGGCCAACCGGAAGCGUCAGAGCACGGCGAGCAGCAUGCUGGACCACAGGGCGAGGCCGGGCCCCAUGCCCCAUGGCCAGGAGCCCGAGAGCGAGGACACGGAGCUGCCCCUGGAGGAGUAUGUGCCCAAGGGCCUGGAGCUGGCCACCCUGCGGCCCGAGAGCCCCACGCCCCCGGACCAGGGGUGCCACGACCACAGCCCUGAUGGGGACUCCAGCUCUGACUAUGUGAACAACACCUCCGAGGAGGAGGAUUACGAUGAGGGCCUCCCCGAGGAGGAGGAGGGCAUCACCUACUACAUCCGCUAUUGCCCCGAGGACGACAGCUACCUGGAGGGCAUGGACUGCAACGGGGAGGGGUACCUGGCGCACGGCACACGCCACCUGGAGACGGACGAGUGCCAGGAGGCGGUGGAGGAGUGGACAGACUCGGCAGGCCCCCGCCCACACGGCCGCGGGGACGAAGGCAGCCCGGACUUCCGGGACGGCCACCUCCCCAUCCCGGAGGAUGAGGCCUCCGUCCUGGAGGCCCAGGACCAGGAAGAAGGUGUCCACUACUGCCCCGAUGAGGAGGGCUACCAGGACUACUACCCCUCGGAGGCCAAUGGGGACCCGGGCAACGCCUCCCCCUAUCGUCCGAGGCGUGGGGGCGGAGGCCUGGAGGACCAGGAGGAGGACAUCGACCAGAUUGUGGCCGAGAUCAAGAUGAGCCUGAGCAUGACCAGCAUCACUAGCGCUGGCGAGGCCAGCCCCGAACACGCCCUGGUGCGGGGGCCCGAGCCGGGGCCCGGGGACUCCACGGAGGCCGGUCCGCCCGGCGAGGCCCGCCGCGGCCCUAGCAGACACGAGGGAAGACCCAAGUCGCUGAACCUCCCUCCUGAGGCCAAGCACUCCGGAGACCCCCAGAGAGGCUUCAAGACCAAGUCCAGGACUCCAGAGGAGAGGCCGAAGUGGCCCCAAGAGCAGGUGUGCAAUGGUUUGGAGCAGCCAAGGAAGCAGCAACGCUCUGAUCUCAAUGGACCCGUGGACAAUAACAACACCCCAGAGACAAAGAAGGUGGCAUCAUUUCCAAGUUUUGUGGCUGUUCCAGGUCCCUGUGAGCCAGAAGACCUCAUUGAUGGGAUCAUCUUUGCUGCCAACUACCUGGGGUCCACCCAGCUGCUCUCAGAACGUAACCCUUCCAAAAACAUCAGAAUGAUGCAGGCUCAGGAAGCCGUCAGCCGGGUCAAGAGGAUGCAAAAGGCUGCUAAAAUCAAGAAAAAAGCGAAUUCGGAGGGGGAUGCCCAGACUCUGACCGAAGUGGAUCUUUUCAUCUCCACCCAGAGGAUCAAGGUGUUAAAUGCGGACACACAGGAGACCAUGAUGGACCACGCCUUGCGUACCAUCUCCUACAUCGCGGACAUUGGGAACAUCGUGGUGCUGAUGGCCAGGCGCCGCAUGCCCCGGUCAGCCUCUCAGGACUGCAUCGAGACCACCCCUGGGGCCCAAGAGGGGAAGAAGCAGUACAAGAUGAUCUGCCACGUGUUCGAGUCUGAGGACGCCCAGCUGAUCGCACAGUCCAUCGGCCAGGCCUUCAGCGUGGCCUACCAGGAGUUCCUGCGCGCCAACGGCAUCAACCCCGAAGACCUGAGCCAGAAGGAGUACAGCGACAUCAUCAACACCCAGGAGAUGUACAACGAUGACCUCAUCCACUUCUCCAACUCCGAGAACUGCAAGGAGCUGCAGCUGGAGAAGCACAAGGGCGAGAUCCUGGGCGUGGUGGUGGUGGAGUCAGGCUGGGGCUCCAUCCUGCCCACGGUGAUCCUGGCAAACAUGAUGAACGGCGGCCCGGCGGCCCGCUCGGGGAAGCUGAGCAUCGGGGACCAGAUCAUGUCCAUCAACGGCACCAGCCUGGUGGGGCUGCCCCUCGCCACCUGCCAGGGCAUCAUCAAGGGUCUGAAGAACCAAACGCAGGUGAAGCUCAACAUUGUCAGCUGUCCGCCGGUCACCACGGUCCUCAUCAAGCGGCCGGACCUCAAGUACCAGCUGGGCUUCAGCGUGCAGAACGGGAUCAUCUGCAGCCUCAUGCGAGGGGGCAUCGCAGAGCGAGGAGGCGUCCGAGUCGGCCACCGCAUCAUUGAGAUCAACGGGCAGAGUGUGGUGGCCACGGCCCAUGAGAAGAUAGUCCAGGCUCUUUCUAACUCGGUCGGAGAGAUCCACAUGAAGACCAUGCCUGCCGCCAUGUUCAGGCUCCUCACGGGCCAGGAGACCCCGCUGUACAUCUAG